AUACAGUAAAUAAUGUAGACAUGAUCUUGAAAUAUACAGCAUAAUUCAAACUUUCAUCUUCUAUUAAAAGAAUAUUGAACAAUACGAAAUAAGAAUAAAAAUUUUUGUUAAUCCGAUUUAUUAUAUUUAUAUUUUUUUUUGUUUUUCUAAUCAACUCAUCCUUCGGGCUAAUAAAACACGCUAUUCUUCACUUUUCAAUCACUUCCUAAAUAGUACACAACAGUAUCACGUGACAUUUCUAGGCGGUAUUACAUUUCGAAAUACUUGUGUGUGUUGUGUGUGUGCGCGCGCGCGUGUUCGUGUGUGUUCGUGUGUGCGUGUGUGUGUUUGCGUGCGUGCGUGUGUGUAUGUGUGUAUUUUUAUGUAGGUUUAGUCGGCUUCCAAGCUUGCGAUCUUUUGCAAGAAAACGUCGAAGAGAAUAGAAGAUCGAUCAAAAAGUGAUCGCUUGAUUAAUAUCGCAACGUGUCAAUGUAAAAGUCGAUCGUAGUUUAUUAUUUACUACGCAAUUCGACUCAUUGGAUCGUGACCUGAAGGUUAUGCCGUACCAUGAUUAUGUCAAUUUUCUGAUUGUUUUUAUUUAGUUAUCAAAAAUCGAGGAUCUCUUCAUAAUACGAUCUCACUUGCUCAUGGGAUUUAUCGACGAUGAAUUGCAAGAAGUAUCACAGCUGUGCCACAAUGUCAUCGACGGAAGCCGCCUCGUCUCUUGUGUACGGAGCAUGGUCCGUGUCGAAAUAACAAAAACGCCGUUCAAACAACUCGUUGUAUGUAUCCAGUUCCAAGAAAAUUAUCCUGCUUCGCCGUUGUUUGUCGAGUUAAAGAGCAAAACUCUGUCUGCAAAGUUGCUUGACGGACUAGCAGAAGUUUGCGAAAAAGAGUGCAAGCGUUUUCUGAACAAAGCGCAGAUAUUGCCAGUUUUAAAGUUUAUCAGGAAUUUCAUUGAGGAAAAUCCUCUCAUCUGCUGCUAUGAAGAAAUAUCAAUGUUGAAAAAGCUUUUAGGGGAUAAGGAUGAAUUAAAGUUAAAACAGAAGAAUUCUUGCAUUAAUGUAACACUGCAUCAAGGUUUAUAUUAUUUCAAGACCAAGCUUGAAGUACCAGAUAAUUAUCCCACCAAUUGUGUAAUUUUCAGUGAUGUUGAUACGAAUUUCCCACCUCUGUUCAAUCGCUAUCUAGUUGGACAAGGAAGGGAAUUAGCAAGGCAAUGUGUCGAGCCACCAGUGAGGAAACAACAGCCGUUCACACCAUCACCAUCGUUGAACACAGUUGCUUCCUUUCUCAUCAAAAGCGUGAAAGCUUUUCCGCAAGAACCUUGUCAACAUUGCAAAGUAACGUGUUUACCAAUAAAUCCAGAAGAUAUUGUAACCGACGAAAAUGGAGAUUUCCACGCCGAAAGACUUUAUUGUGGUCAUCUCUUUCAUUUGAAAUGUCUCGUGACAUAUAUGAAGACUCCGCCAUUCCAUGGGGGUAAGAAGUGCCCAACUUGCGGUCAACGCGUUUAUCAUGACAAAUGGGGAUUAUCUGACAAACUAGCAGAGACUCGUUGGGCCCAUCAACAGGCACGAGUGAGAGAGUUGGCGGAAGUUGAAGAUUUUUUCAACUAGUAUACCCGCAUCGUACAAACUCUUGUGGAAUGAGUUUCACGAUAAAACUUACUGGAAGUACAAUAUAAUAAAUAGUCUGUACAUAUAUAUAAAAUAUGGUAACUAACAUUUUGAACGAAAAUGAAACGUAAAUUAAGAUUUUAAAAAAUGAAAUAUUAUUUUUUUACAACAAUUAUGUAAAAGAUAUAAAUUUUUGAGUUAAAUGUUUUUUUUUCUUUUUAAGCAGGCGAUUUGAGAGAACUAAAAACGAAAAAUCUAUAAUGGAUGUCAAGUUAGAAUUUUUAUAACGAUCUCAAGUAAUUAGUGAAUAUUAUAAGAAAAUAAAUUUUUUCUAAAUAACAGAA